AUGAGUGAAAAACGGCGUAAAUUAAGUGGUGCUGCAUACAAGAAAAAGGCACAUGAAAAGCAGGAAAAACAGAAUAAAGUUUUGUUAAACGUGCCUAAGCUUGAGACUUUUUUUAAUAAAACUGAAAAAGAGAAACUCUGCCAUACAGAACUUACAGAAGAGACUGAAGUUGAAGAAAAACAAAUUUCGGUAGCUGAUGACGUUGACAAAAAUGCGACAACAAAUUUACCCGACGAUCACGUUGAAGAUGACCUGAGUUCACAAGAUUUUCAACAUGAUGCGCAAACAAUCAAAAACGCAAGUGUAGAUACAGAUAAUCCUCAGAAAGAUUCUGAUCCUGCCUAUUUACUUGACACCGAUCCAGCUAACUGGAUUAUUGAUGAAACCUUGCGUAAUUAUGUGGCUCAAUAUGGAUACAGUCAAAAUCAAAAUGCCGAUUUUUCCCAAACUAAGCGCAUUUAUAGUAACGGAGCAACAAGGUAUUUAUCUCCUGCCUUGUUUGUCAGGACUCUACUUAAUAAGGAGAAAAAACCUCGUGCUUGGCUUAUUUAUUCUCCAGUUAAGCAAACACUUUUCUGUGCUCCCUGUUUACUUUUUGGCAACACGACCUCUUUUUCAAAUGCUGAAGGGUUUAAUGAUUGGAAACAUUCAUUUGAAAGAGUUACUGAUCACGAAAAUUCCAAUAAACAUAAAGAAUGUGAAAGACUUUUAAGAGCACGAUCAAGGAACCAAGGUCGGAUUGACCAGAAAUUAUCUGCUGCAAUUGACGAAGAAGUUAAUUAUUGGAAAAAUGUUUUGCGAAGAGUUGUGUCGUGUGUAAAAUCAUUAGCGUCGCGAGGACUUUCUUUCAGAGGACAUGAUGAAAAAUUUGGAUCCACGCACAAUGGAAAUUUUAUGAUGCUCCUGGAAUUAUUAGCAGAAUUUGAUCCAUUUUUAGCAAAUCAUAUAAAUAGAUUCGGUAAUAAAGGUAGCGGUAGUACAAGCUAUCUGUCAAAAACUAUUUAUGAAGAGCUUAUUCAAUUAAUGGCGAAAAAAGUUUCAACUGCAAUUGUCAAGGAAACAAAGGAAGCAAAAUAUUAUUCCAUCAUUGUAGAUUCCACCCCAGAUAUUUCCCAUGUCGAUCAACUUACAUUUAUCGUACGAUACGUGAAAAACGAUGGUUCUGCCGUAGAACGUUUUUUAACUUUCAUCGAAAAUCCGGGACACAAAGCCGAGGAGCUCGCAACUGCAGUUUUUACCAGGCUUUCAGCUUACGAUAUUGACAUAGCUGAUUGUAGAGGUCAGUCUUAUGAUAACGCAAGAAACAUGUCAGGCAUUUACACAGGACUACAAGCAAGAAUUAAGGAAAUAAACCCAUACGCUGAAUAUGUUCCUUGUUCAGGACAUUCGCUAAACUUGGUUGGCAACUGUGCAGCAGAAUGUUGUUUAGAAGCAGUGAAAUAUUUUCGAAUGGUUCAAAAUUUAUACAACUUUUUUUCUGCUUCCACACAUCGAUGGAAAAUUUUAAACUCAUUUUCUGACACACAAAACGUCAGAGUAAAAUCUCUUUCCGUUACGAGAUGGUCGGCGCGAAGUGAUGCUGUACGCUGCCUAACAAAAUUUUGGCCACAAAUUUAUAAUUGUUUACUUAAAAUAGAACAAGACGAGUUUGAAAAAGCAAGUACACGAAGCGAAGCUGAAGGAAUCAAGUCUCAAAUGGAAUGUUUAGAAACUGCAUUUUUGCAAAAUUUGUGGGACUUUUUACUUUCACGAUUUAAUUCAGUAAGUAAAAAGGUACAAAGUGUCGAUACAAGUAUUAUUGAAGUUAUAGAUCUAUUAUACCAAGGAUUAAUUAAGUUGGUAAAUGAUACACGAGACCAAUUUCAUUUUUACGAAGAAAAAAGCAUUCAAAUAUCUAUUCAGAAAACGUAUGAAGCUGAAACUAGUCGUAAAAAAAAACGUAAACUGCAUUUCGAUGAAAUCCAAAACAACGAGAUUGAAAUGACAGCUCAAGAUAGCUUCAGAAUAAAAACAUUUAAUGUUAUUUUGGAUUGCUUGAAAUCAAAAUUAAUACAAAGAAACGACAGCUAUAAAAAAAUUAACGAAAAAUUUUCUGUAAUUACAGAACUUAGACAUUUAGAUGCAAAGAGUGUACGCGAGAAGUCAAAAUCUUUGCAAAGUUUUUUUAGUUUAGAUUUAGAGGAUUCGUUGGAAGAUGAAAUGCUUCAUUUUCAAGCACACUGCGCCGAGAAGAAUCUUGGUAACAUAUCACCUAUUGAUUUGAUGAAAUUUCUUCGUAAAAAUGAACUUGAUUCCGUGUUUCCAAACGUAGAUAUUGCAUACCGGAUGUUUGUAUGCACGCCAACCAGUAAUUGCAGCGCUGAGAGGUCUUUUUCAACUUUAAAAAGGGUGAAGAACUAUCUGAGAUCCACAAUGACUGAAGACAGACUAAAUUCACUUGCUGUGUUGACGAUCGAGUCUGAAGUUUUAUUAUCAUUAGAUUUCGAUGAUAUCAUUGAACAAUUCGCCUUCCAAAAAGCAAGACGCAAGACAUUUUAG